AUGGGUGGGGUGACGCCCCCAGUGUCCCCAGGUGGCCAAGGAGGUUUUUGCAUGCUGUGCGUUAUGCAGAACCACACGAUCCAGGCUUUUGCCAACAGCGGCAACGCGAUAAAGCCAGUGUCCUUCAUCCGAGACCUCAAGAAGAUUGCCAGGCACAUCCACUUUGGCAGGCAGGAGGAUGCGCACGAGUUCCUGCGUUACACCAUCGACGCCAUGCAGAAGGCCUGCCUGAAUGGCUGUACCAAGCUGGAUCGCCAGACCCAGGCCACGACGCUGGUUCACCAGAUCUUUGGCGGUUACCUGCGCUCUCGUGUGAAGUGCUCAGUGUGCAAGACAGUCUCGGACACCUAUGACCCUUUCCUGGACCUGGCACUGGAGAUCAGGCACGCAGCCAACAUCGUGCGGGCGCUGGAGCUGUUUGUGAGGCCAGACGUGCUGGGUGGGGAGAACGCCUACAUGUGUGCUAAAUGCAAGAAGAAAGUGACAGCCAGCAAACGCUUCACCAUCCACCGAGCCUCCAAUGUUCUCACGCUCUCACUGAAACGCUUUGCUGACUUUGGUGGAGGCAAAAUCACCAAGGAUGUGGGGUACCCUGAGCUGUUGAACGUCCGCCCGUACAUGUCUCAGAACAAUGGGGACGCCGUGAUGUAUGGGCUCUAUGCAGUGCUGGUGCACUCGGGUUACAGUUGCCACGCGGGGCACUACUACUGCUACGUGAAGGCCAGCAACGGGCAGUGGUAUCAGAUGAAUGAUGACCUGGUCCGCUGCAGCAACAUCAAAGUGGUCCUCAACCAGCAGGCCUACCUGCUGUUUUACCUGAGGAUCCCCAGGCUCAGGAAGGGGUCUGUUGCCAAAGCUGCCUCCACCCUUCCCAGCCGCAUCAGCAGCAGCUCCGAUCAGGCCAAGAAACCUGUGACCAGCAGGCCCCUGUCAUCACCACUGAUGGGCCGGAGACCAGACAUGCUGCCAGGGAAGAAGGUGCUGGGACCAGAGGAGAUUGGGGUCCCUGUGGCCCGCAACACAUUUGGGACUGUGCCAAAGCUGCCGAAUGGAACCGCUUCACCAAAGCUGCCCACUGGGUCCCCGUCGCCCAAACUGCCCCUGAAAGCCGCCCACACGGCCACAGCGCUGCCCAGUGACACAGCCCAGAGGCCCAAGAAGCCAUUCUCCCUCCCACAGCUGCCUCCCUCACCCAGGGCAGUUCAGGGCUCCUGUGACUCCUCUAAUGCCAGUGGUAGCAGAGCAGAGCUGCCCCGGCAGAGCUCCUGGGAGAGCAAACAGCCACCUACCUCAGCCAAGCUGCUUCUGGAGCCCAGCCCGGAGCCUGGGGAUGGUGGGGAGAACACCGAGACCCUGGAGAGGGACUCCUGCAGCAGCAGUGUUGCCAGCCCAGCACAUGGCUCAGUGGGGAAACUGGCCAAAGCACCCCAGAAGGGCAGCACCUCUCAGGAAACAGACUGUGGCACAGACCUGCCUGCUGGCCCCGGCACCCAGCCUGCUGCCCCCGAGGACACCAAGGCAGCAAGGUUGAAAUGCUCCCUGUUGGGCAGUGCUGCUCUGGAGCUGAGCAGCACCAUGUCACCACCACCGGCCAAGAAGCUGGCGCUCUCUGCCAAAAAGGGCAGCACCCCACGGGAGGCGAGCAGAAGUGACCACCAUGCACAACCUCACCCAAAAUUUGCUGAGCACACCUCCCCCACGAAAACCACCCACCCCAACUCCUGGCCUUUCAUUAAGUCGAGGGAGAAGGGGCCCAGCCAGGUCACUCCGGGUUCCUCCAAAAAGAAGCGGCGAAGGCAUCGUCAUGGAGCAGACAGCAACCAUCAUGCUCUGGCUGUGAAGGAUAAGGAUGAAGUCUCCAGUCCCCCCAAGAAGAAGAAGAAGAAGAAUCUCUCUCAGGAGGGCUCAGUAUCCCUUGUGGGGAAGGAGGUGGCAGGCAAAGCUCCCAGCGGUGGCCAGGAGGAGCCGGGCUGUCAGGAUCUGGAGAGCAGGCCCAAGCAGCAAGUGUCAGACCCCAGUACUUGGUCUGACACAGCAUCCAUCUCCCCCCUCAAGAAGAAGAAGAAAAAGAGGAGAAUGGAGGAGACGGCAGAGCGCAGCUCUGGGACGCUGUCCUUGGGCAGCUCUAGGAGGACUGAGAUGGAGCCCUGGAGGCCAAAGGAGCAGCGGAGCUUGGAGGCUGGGGCUGGAGACAGCGAGCACCGCAAGCGCAAGCAGAGGGAAAACCCCAGCAGCCCAGCCUGGGAGCAUCCUGCUGCCAACAGCGUCCACAGUGCAGGUGGCACCCCAGCAACAGCGUAUGCCUGGGACAAGUGGGCUGGAGAUGGGUACAGGCACUGCCUGGCUGCCCCUGGCUAUGGGGCUUUCACAACUCCCAGAAACCAGAAGGAGCCCAACGUGGUAGAGGAGCUGCUCAGGAACUCCUUGGACAAGGCUUAUGGCAAACAAGUGCUGACCUGGGAGGGAGAGAUCUCAGCUGUCAGUCAGGAUGCCGAGCGGGACGCAGCCUGGGCCCGCAGCGAGACCAUCAUCGAUGAGUGGGACAAGGAGUUUGACAGAGGGAAGGUAAAGAAGAUUAAAAAACUGAAGCAGGAGCGGAGGAGACACUUCAAUCCCUUCCAGCAGCUCCAGAGCAAGCGCAACUUCUGGUCAGUGACACAUCCUGCCAAAGUGGUCAGCCUGGGCCACCGGCUCUGA